AGAAUGUCUAUGCUCCGCAGAAAUACAAAUAUGGACGUGCUUAUAAUAUGCGCAGCUUAGAAAGAUAAAACUUGUCAUUCCGACUUGUAUCAGGAAGCUGGAAGUUUGGGGAGUUGUAGAUACAAACCCCAUCUCCUGGCAGGACAAAUAGUAUGAAAAGCAAAAUGACAUUUUAGAAACCCUUAGUGUUUGUGGUUCAGAAGCAGCUAUGUUGGAGGGAUUGGUUGCCUGGGUUCUCAACACCUACCUGGGAAAAUAUGUCAAUAACCUGAAUACAGACCAGUUAUCUGUAGCACUCCUGAAAGGUGCGGUUGAAUUAGAGAAUUUACCAUUAAAAAAGGAUGCCUUGAAGGAAUUUGAGUUGCCUUUUGAUAUCAAAGAAGGUUUCAUUGGUAAGAUAAGAAUACAGAUUCCCUUUUACCGCCCACAUUUGGAUCCAUGGGUGAUUUCUAUUUCAAAGCUCCUUUUAAUUGGUUCUCCUGAAAAGCAACAGGAUUUUGAUGAGUUGAAAGAAAAGCUGUUGGAAAAGGCUAACAAAAAAGCUCUUUUAAAAGCACUUGAAGAAAAAUGGAAAAGUGAGCAAGAACAAAAAGGCGAAUCCUAUUGGUAUUCUGUGACAGCAUCAAUUGUUACCAGAAUAGUGGAUAAUAUUGAACUUAAUAUUCAAGAUGUUCAUUUUAGAUUUGAAGACGGUAUUACAAAUCCUAAUCAUCCAUUUGCUUUUGGUGUCUGCAUCAAAAAUGUGUCUGUGCAAAAUGCAAUUCAUGAACCGGUGGAGAAGUUAAUGAGGAAAAAACAGUUGGCUGUUGGAGAUUUCAGUAUUUACUGGGAUGAUAAUGCUGGUUUAUUGGGUAACCUUCCCCCUGGGGAACUACAGGAAGCAAUGGAAAAAAGUAUGGAGAGUAUGGAGCACCAAUAUAUCCUGAAGCCCGUGUGCACUACAGCUCUUCUAAAAAGGAAUUGCUCCAAAGAACCCUUACGGUCACGGAAUCAGCCACGCAUUGAAUGUGAUAUAUGUCUUAAGUCCAUACCACUGACUCUGUCUCAAGCACAAUAUCGACAAAUUGUGGAAUUUGUAGACCAGUUUGAAAGAAGAGAAAAACAGAUGAAGUUUAGAAAAUGGAAGCCAAAAGUUCCUGUAACAAAAAAUUGCAAAGAAUGGUGGCUUUUUGCUUUGAAUGCGAACCUUUCUGAGAUUAGGGAGCACAGGCAACGUUCAUCCUGGGAUUUUGUGUUGCAUCGAGCCCGUGACGCAGUUUUUUAUUGUGAAAAACAAUAUGAUUCUCUUAAAGGAAUUCAGCUAACUGAGGAAGACGAGGCUCAGAUGGACCGAAUAGAGGAUGAACAAUCUUUUGAAGAAUUGAAGAUUUUAAGGGAGCUGGUUCAUGACCAAUUUAAAACGCAACACGAAUUAGCAGAGAGUCUAAGAGAACCAUUAUCUAGUUCAUCUGGAGCUUCCCCUGUUUCAAGCCCAACUGACCGUCAAGGAAGUGGAAUGUUGCAGUAUCUGCAGUCAUGGUUCCCUGGUUGGGGAGGCUGGUAUGGCUAUCCACAGGAAACAAGAGAUAAUAUUGAAGGGAUGACUCAAGGACAGCAGGAACCUUGGAAUCCCGACGAUAUCUUAGGUUCUGAGGACUUUUUUGAUCCAGCUGUUGAUGCAGCAAACCUGAACACAUUUACAAAAAGAGAUCAUGUCUUUGCUAAACUCAACUUCCAACUUGAAGGAGGAACAAUUACACUGCUAAACAAGGAGAAGUCCAGCAGUACUCUUGCAAAAGAGAGUGCUUUUAUGCAACUUGAAUUUUCAGGUAUGACAGUCAAAGUGGAAUCUUUGCCAAGUAGAGAUUCUUCACUCUUGUUAGUGCAGCUUGGUGGACUGUUUCUUCGGGAUUUGGCAACACAUGGAACCAUAUUUCCUAAUCUAGUCUAUCCUAACCCUCAAAAGGAAGUAAGUGGUCUGUCCAGUGUGCAUGUAGGAUCAACAGAAACGCUGGAUCCAGACACAUCUAUUGCAUCAGAAGCCCCUGUGUUUAAGAUGUUAUAUGAGAGGAAUCCAAUACAAAGACAAAUGGAAGUUCCAGUUGAGAGACGCCUAGAAGUUAGCACAAGACCUUUAAAUAUAAUCUAUAACCCACAAGCGAUUACUAAAGUAGCAGAUUUCUUUUACAAAGGAAAAGUUCAUAGCUCAGGUUUUGGAUAUCAGUCUGAACUUGAGCUCAGAGUGGCUGAAGCUGCCCGAAGACAGUACAAUAAACUGAAAAUACAAACAAAAGCUGAAAUUAGACAGACUAUUGAUCGUUUGAUGGUGGGAGAGUUUAUUGAAAACAGCAGGCGUUGUAAAGUACAUCUUGAUAUUUCAGCACCUCAGGUUAUCUUCCCUGAUGACUUUGUGUGCAAAGAUCCAGUGCUAGUAGUGGUAGAUCUUGGAAGAAUUGUGCUCACCAAUUCACAAGAUCACUGUAAAAGAAGGACUUUGGAUAACUUCUGUACAGAUGUGAAUGAUUUAAGUGAUGACGAAUAUAAAACUCCUUUGGCAACGCCUACUAAUAGUCCUCCCCCAGAAGCCAAUACAAGCACAGACGUAGAAGUAUCAAGCUGCAUUGGAACUGAGCUAAAUGAAGACCAGAUAGAAGCCUACUUACUAAGCAGCAAGGCAUAUGAAAAAUAUUCACUAUCUUUUAAGGAUUUGCAAAUCAUGGUUGGACAUGUGAAGGACAACUGGAAACACAUUCAGGAUAGUGAAGUUGGCCCAACUCAUGUUCUGGAAAAAUUUAACGUGCACUUACAAUUAGAGCGUAGGUUAAUGUAUACUUCAGACCCCAAGUAUCCUGGGGCAGUGCUUUCUGGGACACUGCCAGACUUGAAAAUACAUAUUAAUGAAGAUAAGAUAUCUGCUCUAAGAAAAUGUUUUACAAGUUUGUCAAGUCCAGACACCAAACAAUCUGAUAAUACACUUCUCAGAAAAGAAAAAAUAUUUGAUGUAGACAAUAAUGUAGGACUUCAGGAUUCUGUAAUGAACUUGACACAAAGUGUUAUUACGCUUGAGCAGCAUACCAGAGAGGUUCUUGUAGAAUCAAAACUUCUUUUAGCUGACUUUAAAAUUAAUUACAUGCAGUUAGGUGUAGAAAGUUGUGGCCGUUAUAUUUCUGUCCUUAAAGUGUUUGGUUCAAAUGCUCAUUUUGUAAAAAGGCCGUACGAUGCUGAGGUAUCCCUUACAGUACAUGGAUUGCUAAUGGUAGACACUAUGCAAAACUAUGGAUCAGACUUUGAUCUUUUAAUGGCUUCACAUAAAAAUUUAAGUUUUGAUGCACCCACUGGGAGUCUUCGUGAAAGUCGAGCACAAUCUCCUGUUUCUGACACCAAUGAUUUUUCUCCGUCUAAUCCGUUCACCUCUGCUGAUAAAUAUAAUUCUGCUUUUAGUAACUCUCUGGAACACAUUGCUAUCAAAGAUGAAGAAUCAUUGAUUAAGUUGGAAUACCAGUUUGUAAGCUCUGAAUGUCCUUCCAUGAAUUUGGACAGCUCACUCCAAGUUACAUCACUCCAAGUUAACAACUUGGAUAUUAUUCUUAACCCAGAGACUAUUGUAGAGCUUAUUGGUUUUCUUCAGAAAUCUUUUCCAAAAGAAAAUGAUGAUGGAAGCCCUCAGCCUUUAAAAACUGACUUCGAAAGGAAUUUAAUUGAAAAGGAAUCUUUUCAGACUGCAUAUGAGCAAAACACACAGGUGGCAGUUGAUAUUCACAGGUUAAACAUACUUCUUUUCAGGACGGUUUGUUUACCUAAUGGGGAGAAUUGUGGGAGAAAAAUUGCCACAGCUAGCAUUGGGGGUACAAAGGUGAAUGUGUCUUUGGGAAGUAGAUUUGAUGUCAAUGGUUCACUUGGUUGCUUGCAACUCAUUGAUCUUGCACAAGACAAUAUAAGUAAUCCUUAUGUUAUCAGCAUCGGUAAUAUAGCUAUGUAUGAAAGCCACUUGAACCUUGCAGACUACAACAUUUUUGUCAGGACAGAUUACAGUGGUAUCCCCAUGGAAGCAUUGAGUUUUACUUUCUCUGAACAGUCUAAAGAAGAAUUAUCUCUUAAUCUUAAAAUGGCUUCUUUACAUUACAACCAUUCAGCCAAAUUUCUAAAAGAAAUGACACUAUCAAUUGAUGAGUUAGAAGAUAAUUUCCGUAACAUGUUGAAAAGUGCAGCAUCUAAAGUAUCUUCUGUCCUAGUUACCAAAACAGCUGAAUACAGUGAAAUGGUUUCAUUGUUUGAGCCACCACGUAAACAUAGGGAUUCAUUUCAGUAUGAUACAGUUGAGUUUGAUGAGUUUGAUGCAACCAAUGCCAAUACAGACCCUGUGAAAUUAAUCCUUAAUAUUAACAUUGAAUCCCCAGUUGUAUCAAUACCUCGUAAACCUGGAAGUCCAGAACUUCUUGUUGGACACUUAGGCCGGAUAUUUAUUCAGAAUUUUGUAACAGAUGAUGAUCUUUCUAGAAGUGACAGGUUACAAGUGGAAAUAAAAGAUAUCAAACUCUACUCUUUGAACAUUAGUUCUCUUACAGCAAGAAAGCAGUCGGCAUCUGAGCCACCACACCUUGUAUCUGGUAACACAAGUGUCAGCAAUCAGGAGGAAGCACAUUUUACCCGUCAUGAUUUUUUUGAGUCUUUGCAUAAGGGUCAAGCUUUCCAUAUACUAAACAACACUACUAUACGAUUCAACAUGGAAAAGUUUGCAUUGGAGCAAGACUCAGAAUUAACGUUUCCCUGCAUUGAUGAUUCAUUGGAAGUUGGAAGUAUCUUGAAAAUUGAAGGAAAUUUUGUCAACAAUGUUCAGGUGGUUCUUGCAAAACACGUGUAUGAACAAGUUCUACAGACUCUUGAUAACUUGGUGUACAAUGAAGAUGAGAAGCUUCCUCAAAGCUCUAUGUUCACUUCAGUGUAUUGUUCCCCUACAACAUCUGUUUGUAAAAGCCCUGACGUGUUAAGUGAAAAGAAUGAAAGUUUGUUUUUCAGUACCACUAAUUUUAAAUACACGCCAAGCAAGUCUGUUUCUACUCAGGAAUCUUUACCGUUUACUCAAAUUCAAGCAAAUUUCAGGAUCUCUGAAUUGCAGGUUCAGUUAAGCGGUGAUCUAACACUUGGCUCUCAAGGUUUAGUUAGCCUGAAAUUUCAAGACUUUGACAUUGAGUUUAAUAAAGACCAUCCACAGACUUUAGCCAUCCAGAUCACCCUACGCUCCCUUCUCAUGGAAGAUCUUCUUGAAAAAAACUCAGACUCUAAAUAUAAAAAUCUUAUGGUAUCCAGGGGUGCACCUAAACCAUCCAGCCUAGCUCUCAAAGAAUAUCUGUCUCAGUCUUGUCCUUUAGUGUCUCAUGUAGAAUAUCCAGACAUGCCACGAUCACUUCCAUCUCAUAUGGAAGAAGCACCAAAUGUCUUCCAGUUAUACCAAAGACCGCCGUGCAAUUACAGGAAGAAGCCAAAAGAAGACAUUGAUUCUGAAUAUCCCUUGACUCCUCCUCCAUCUCCAACAUCUGAAAGAUCAAAAGCAUCUUGUGGAAAAGACAAUUUUGACGAUUCGUUGGUUCACAUAAAUGUAUUCUUGGUGGACAAAAAACAUCCAGAAUUCUAUUCAAAAUAUAAACGUGUCAAUCGUAGCGUGGAUGUAGAUUUUAAUUGCCUUGAUGUUUUAAUCACAUUACAGACAUGGGUGGUAAUUUUAGACUUUUUUGGAAUUGGGUCAACAGCUGAUAAUCAUGCAAUGAAGCAGCAACCAGUAGAUACCAAGUUAACAUCUAAGCUGGAAACAAAUGUCUUAUCUGCUGUUCCUGUCCAAGAUCAUAUCAACACAAAGAUGGAUCUAAAGGUGCAUUCUCUUUCCUUGGUGCUAAAAAAGACUACAAGUGAACUGGCUAAAGCUAGUGUAUCAAAGCUUACGUCACACCUUGAAAUGAUUGAGGGAGACUUAGCAUUACAAGGAAGUAUCGGCAGCCUUGCUCUAAGUGAUCUUACCCUUCAUGGAGAACUUUACAGAGAGCGUUUCACUACCAGUGGUGAAGAAGCACUCAUUUUUGACAUUUUCAAAUAUGGUCCUCCUGAUCCAAGUCUGGAACGGGAAUAUGACAUGCGUUUAAGUUUGCGGAUGGCGUCUGUUCAGUACGUUCACACUCAACGUUUUCAAUCUGAGGUUGUGGCCUUUAUCCAGCAUUUCACUCAAUUACAAGAUGUUCUCGGACGCCAGAGGGCUGCUAUCCAGGGGCAAACGGUUCGAGACCAAGCACAACGAGGCUCUCGAAUUUUGCUUGACAUAGAGGCUGGUGCACCUGUACUCCUUAUACCUGAAAGCUCUCGAUCCAAUAAUUUAAUUGUUGCUAACCUUGGAAAACUAAAAGUGAAAAACAAAUUUCUAUUUACCGGGAGUCCUGGAACAUUUUCUUUAAAAGACAAGGACUUGAUUUUACAUAGUUCUUCAUAUAAGGAUCCUAUUUUAUUUCAGAACUUGAUUAAACCAUCGUCACCCAUUGUUACUCCAGAGCACAGAAUAAAUAAGGCAAAAGGAGAUAAGAGAAACAUGGAAGGGCUAUUUAUGACUUCACCAUCCAAAACUAAACAUCAAAGUGAAGCAGUUGGCCAAGCUCAGGCUAAUAUAAAGGAAACACUGCAGACCAAGGGCCAUGAAAAUGACUGUUCUUUCAGUCCUGAAGAACAUGCAUGUCUGUUGGAUUGCAUUGUGGUUGAUCUGCAAGAUAUGGAUAUAUUUGCUGCAGAGAGAUAUCCGAGCGAUACUACAGACCUCUUGGAUAAAUCAAGAGCUGAUCUCUCAUUCCCCUCAUAUUUUGUCAGGCAGAUGGGUGGAAGCCUUUUAGCAGAACGUUGUAGGCUAAAAUUGCAACUAGAGAGGAAUUUGGACAGGGAAAUAAGCCAUUCUGUUCCAGAUAUGGCAAUUCAUGGUAACUUGUCCUCUGUUCAUUGCUCUCUGGAUUUGAGUAAAUACAAGCUGAUCCGAGGACUGCUGGAGAAUAAUCUAGGAGAACCUGUUGAAGAUUUUAUGAGACCUUAUGACUUGCAGGACCCAAGAAUUCAUACUGUUUUAAGCGGUGACGUUUAUACUGGGGUGUCUUUCCUAAUUGAUAUGGUAAAUGUAAGUUUGGAACUUCUUGAAGACAAAGGAAAAGAUGGAUCUUACAAUUCUUUGGCCAGGUUUGACUUUAAAAAGUCAAAAUUGCUCUUUGAAAGCUUUUCAAACCAAACAAAAUCCAUAAACCUGGUGUCCCAUUCCAUGAUGGCAUUUGACACUCGUUUUUCUGGACAGAAGUUACCUGCAAUACACAAACCCAAUGUGUUUAAUUGUAUCUUACAACCAUCCAAGAACAGUGUCAUUCCAGGUUCCCUUCAGAUUGAGCUACAUUUCAGAUCUACGAAAGAUCGUUCCUGCUUUACUGUGGUUUUAAACAAUCUUCGUGUAUUUCUGAUAUUUGAUUGGUUGGUUCUUGUACACAAGUUUCUUCAAACACCAAGUGGAACAAAACAAAUAACCAAUGGUUCCUUGCUCGCAGAGAAUAGCAAUGUUUUACCUGUGGUUCCUAAAACUGUAAAAUCUGGGGUUGUAACAAAAAGAUCAUCGGUACAAAUCACUCCUGAAAAGCAAUCCGAAGUUAAGAUCAAUGUGACCGGAACAGAGUUUGUGGUUGUUGAAGACAUGUCCUGCUUUGAUACCAAUGCUAUAAUUCUCAAAGGAACAACUGUUCUCACAUACAAACCUAAGCUGGUGGAUCGGCCUUUUUCUGGUAGUUUAUCUGGCGUUGAGGUGUUUUCCUGUCGUUUGGGGAAUGAACUUGACACAGCUCUGUCCAUCAUUGAUCCUGUUCACGUGCAAAUUGACCUAGUGGGAAAUUCAAAUUACCAAAAUAGUUCUGGCCUUAUGGAUGCAUUUAACACAGAAGACUUCCCCCCAAUACUGGAGAUUCAGCUGCCUACACUGGACAUCAGGCUCUCUUAUAAUGAUGUUCAGUUGUUUCUGGCUAUUGCUAAAUCAAUUCCAGAACAGGCAAAGCCUGGUGUACCCCAAUCUUCUGAACAAGAUGCCGCCAGCAGUAUCUCAGGAUCUGUUAAAGAAGCUGAAAUUGCAUCUGGGAGCACAAGAGAGGCACAAAGACGUUCUAUAGAUCCUGUUCUUGAAAUUCAGCUUGCAAAGUUGCAGGAGCUUGGUUUUGGAUUAGAAGACUGCCGCACAGCUCUCUUCAAUUCUCAAGGUCAACUUAACAAAGCAGCAACUUGGCUAUUUAAGAAUGCAGAACCUUUGCAACCAGAAUUAAGAAACAUAAAUAAGACUGGAUCACUAGCUGUUCAUUGGAUCUCUGGAGUGGAACUGAAGGCAGAAAGUAUUUGUAUUUGUUUCAUUGAUGACUGCAUGGAUCGUGACGUGCCAUUAGCAGAGAUCACUUUUUCACGACUGGUCUUUUUUCAACAUCUGGUAUCCAAUCCUGAUGGUUUUGCAGAAUUUACUUUAUCUGGAGAUUACUAUAAUCGUGAAUUAUCAGGUUGGGAGCCAUUCAUUGAACCGUGGCAAUGUUCAUUAUUUUGGCAGCAGCAAGAAGCCAGCCGUCUCCACCCCUCUCGUCUAAAAUUGGAUAUGAACGCUAAAGAUCGUCUUGACAUAAAUAUAACCUCAUUGCUAAUGGAGCAGUAUGUGAGCACCAAAGAGUCCUGGAUGGCAGAUUACUGUAAGCAAGAAAAGGUAUCAGACACUAGUGCUACUGAUGAAUGGAUGGGAUCUUCAGUGGAUCCUCCUUGUAUAGGGCCAACCGAAAUGAAGACCCCAAAGCGCAGACAGCCAUUUGUCCCAUUUGCUCUUCGGAAUCAUACGGGAUGCACACUUUGGUUUGCAACGUUAACUACAACCCCUACACGGGCUGCAUUGUCUCAUAGUGGGAGCCCUGAGGUUGUUCCAGAAGGAGACAAAAACUUCCUUGACGAUACACACAAUGUGAGCCAGUGGCACGAAGUUCUCCCAGGACAGGAAAUACCUUUUGAAUUUGAAACCAGGGAGAAACUAAGACACCGACAUACUCAUGAUUUGAGGAUACAUCAGCUGCAAGUGCGCAUCAGUGGUUGGGAACAAAUUAGCCCAGUAUCUGUGGAUAAAGUUGGAAUCUUUUUUCGCUAUGCAGCCCCUGACAAAAACAACUCUUCAUCUUCAGUUGGCAGCCCAAUAAGUAAAACAAAUAUCAUUCACCCGCAGGUCUAUUUUUCUGCCUUACCUCCAGUGCGAGUUGUAUUUGCCAUCACCAUGGAAGACAGUGCACGUAAAGUCAUUACGAUCCGUUCAUCAUUGAUUGUGAAAAAUAAAUUAGAAAUACCGAUGGAACUUAGACUCGACAGCCCUUCGGCACCAGACAAACCAGUAAUACUUCCUGCUGUAAUGCCUGGGGAUUCCUUUGCUGUUCCUUUACAUCUGACAUCCUGGAGAUUACAAGCUCGGCCUAGGGGAAUGGGAGUAUUUUUUUGUAAAACGCCAAUUCAUUGGACUAAUGUAGUAAAAGCAGGAGAGGUGUCCAGCAGUAAGCGGGAGUGUUAUUCCAUGGAUGCCGAAACAAGCAGAUAUUUCAGGUUCUGUGUGGCUUUAAAGAAGGAUAAUUAUCCAGAAUAUAUGCCAUCAAGCAUCUUUUCAGAUAGUGCUAAACAAAUAUUUCGACAACCUGGGCAUACAAUUUUUCUGCUGCCAACAGUUGUGGUCUGUAACCUGUUGCCUUAUGAACUUAAUUUCUAUGUGAAAGGAACACCAAUCAAAGGAACCUUGAAAUCUGGCAAAGAAAUGGCGCUGCAUACAGCAGACACAUCUCAAAACUUUGAGCUUGGAAUAUCUCUUGAAAAUUUUCAACACUGCAAAGAACUGCUAAUACCACCUGGAACACAAAACUACAUGGUGAGAAUGAGACUUUAUGAUUCAAACAAGAGACAGCUAAAUCUCACCAUACGCAUUGUGUGCCGAACAGAAGGGGCCUUAAAAAUAUUGAUUUCUGCACCCUAUUGGUUGAUUAAUAAAACAGGCUUACCACUGAUAUUCAGACAGGACAAUGGAAAGACAGAUGCUGCUGGCCAAUUUGAAGAACAUGAACUUGCGAGGAGCCUGAGUCCAUUAUUGUUCUGCUACGCUGACAAAGAACAGCCAAGUCUCUGUACAAUGCGCAUUGGGAAAGGGAUUCAUCCAGAAGGAAUUCCAGGAUGGUGCCAAGCAUUUUCUCUAGAUGGUGGCAGUGGAGUUCGAGCCCUGAAAGUGAUCCAGCAAGGAAAUCGUCCAGGACUGAUUUAUAAUAUAGGUAUUGAUGUUAAGAAAGGCAGAGGCCGAUACAUAGACACAUGCAUGGUCACUUUUGCUCCUCGAUACCUGUUAAUCAACAAAUCAAGACAUAAGCUUGCCUUUGCACAGAGAGAGUUUGCCAGGGGUCAGGGCACAAAUAAUCCUGAAGGCUAUAUCUCAACACUGCCUGGCUCUAGUGUGGUAUUUCAUUGGCCAAGAAAUGAUUAUGAUCAGUUGCUGUGUGUACGAUUAAUGGAUGUCCCCAACUGCACCUGGUCUGGUGGAUUUGAAGUAAACAAAAAUAAGUCCAUUCAUAUCAACAUGAGGGAUACUCUUGGAAACGGCUUCUUUUUACGUGUGGAAAUAACUUUACAAAGUGCCACUUAUCGAAUCUCAUUCAGUAAUACUGACCAGAUGCCACCUACCUUUCGAAUAGAUAACUUCUCAAAGGUCCCAGUGGUCUUUAUGCAGCUUGGCGUAGCAGAGCCACGUCUCCGAACUGAAGUGAAGGCGAUGACAUCCAUGGAUUAUGCAUGGGAUGAGCCGACUCUGCCUUCCUACAUUACAGUAACUGUUAAAGGGGCUGGCUCUUCCGAAAUAAACUGUAAUAUGAAUGAUUUUCAAGACAGCAAACAGCUUUACUAUGAAAAUUUCAUUUAUAUUGCUGCAACAUACACCUUUUGUGGCUCUCAGGAAGGAAACGUAAGGCCAGUUACUCAAAACAAAAACAUCACUCGUGCGGAACUGGUUCUGGAUGUCCAUCCUAAAACACAAAGAGUUAUUCUUAGGAAAAAGGAGCCAGGGAAACGCUCACAGCUUUGGCGAAUGACUGGCAGUGGCAUGUUGUGUCAUGAAGGAUCGUCCCCUCCCCAUAACCCUAAUAAAGCAUCCAACUCUCGAUCCCUUGAGUCCUGUCUUGUGCUUGAUAUUGCAGGCCUGGCUGCAGUCACUGAUAACAGAUAUGAACCAUUGAUGCUAAGGAAGCCAGACAGACGUCGCAGCACCACCCAAACCUGGUGUUUUCGUGAUGGAAAGUUGUCUUGUAGUUUGUAUGGUCUAGUGGUUCAGGCUAGAAAUGGUGUUUCAGGGUUAUGUGAUGGAGCAGAUGUAGUGCUUGGUCCUGAUAUGUCUUUGGAGACUCUUGGAGCUGUCCCUAGAGAACAACAGUUUAUAAACCAGAAGAUGAGACCUGGGUCUGGAGUUCUGUCUGUCCGCGUUGUUCCAGAUGGUCCAACUAGAGUUUUACAGAUAACUGACUUUAAUCAGCGUAGAAAUGACCGUCUUUCAACUGAAGUAGAUGAACAAGACUUAAGAAGAUUUAAGAAUCCAGAAGCUGAACAAGAGUUAGAGGUCCUUAUAAAGCUGCAAAAUGGAAUAGGUAUUUCAUUAAUUAAUAAAGUUCCUGAAGAGCUAGCGUUUGCCAGCCUUACUGGGAUUAAUCUUCAUUAUACACAUCAGGCCGCUAAUCAGGUGCUUGAGCUCAGCAUACUGACUGUUCAGGUUGAUAACCAGUUGAUUGGCACCACUCAGUCAGCUAUGCUUUUUCUUACUCCAAGGAGCAUUGAAAGUGAAGAAUUGGAGCAGGGCCCUGCCAUUCAAGUUAAUGCAAUGAAAGUUCCUAGCAAAAAUGCUCUCACUAACCUUUACAAGCACUUAAUGAUCACGUCACAAAAAUUUACUGUUCAAAUAGAAGAAAAACUACUUCUAAAACUGCUAAGCUACUUUGGUUUUCAUCAAUCAGAUACAGAGGUGGAAAAAUGGGACGAAAACAUCCAUGAAAAGACUGGCGAGGAGAACAAGGAGCAACAGCGGUAUUAUUUUGAAAACUUGAAAAUAUCUGUGCCACAGAUCAAGCUGAGCGUAUUCACCUCUAAUAAAUUGCCUGCUGAUCUCAAGGCUUUAAAAAGUACACUGGGAUUUCCUCUAAUCAGGUUUGAAGAUGCUGUGAUUGACCUGGAUCCAUUUACAAAAGUACAUCCUUAUGAAACGCAAGAGUUCAUUAUCAAUGAUAUCCUUAAACAUUUCCAAGAGGAAUUACUCAGUCAAGCAGCAAGAAUCUUGGGAUCAGUGGACUUCCUGGGCAAUCCAAUGGGUUUGCUGAAUGAUGUGUCAGAAGGUGUAACUGGACUUAUCAAAUAUGGAAAUGUUGGUGGCUUGUUUAGAAAUGUGACACACGGCGUGUCCAACUCUGCGGCAAAGUUCGCAGGAACUCUUUCUGAUGGCUUAGGAAAGACCAUGGAUAAUAGACACCAAACAGAACGGGAAUAUAUUCGAUACCAUGGAGCAACUAGCGGAGAGCAUCUUGUUGCUGGAAUUCAUGGACUUGCUCAUGGUAUCAUUGGUGGUCUAACAAGUGUAAUAACAUCAACAGUGGAAGGAGUCAAAACCGAAGGUGGAGUCAGUGGCUUCAUAUCUGGCUUAGGAAAAGGUCUGGUUGGUACUGUGACAAAACCUGUUGCAGGAGCGUUGGAUUUUGCUUCAGAAACUGCUCAAGCAGUGAGAGAUACGGCAACCCUCAGUGGACACAGGAUGCAAGUUCAAAGGGUCAGGAGGCCGCGCUGUUGUACAAGUCCCCAGGGACUGUUACCGAGAUAUUCAGAUACUCAAGCAGAGGGACAGGAACAACUAUUCAGACUGACAGACAACAUCCAGGAUGAAUGUUUUAUUGCAGUAGAGCACAUAGAUAGCUACUGUGUGUUGAUCUCAUCCAAAGCAGUUUACUUUCUAAAAUGGGGAGAUUACGUUGAUCGCGAUGCCAUCUUUCUUGAGAUUAAAUACGAUGAUCUGUAUCACUGCCUCGUAUCAAAAGAUCAUGGCAAGAUCUAUGUGCAGCUGACAAAGAAAGCUGAAAACUCAAGCAGUGGAAUUGCUAUGCCUGGGCCAUCUCAUCAAAAACCCAUGGUGUACGUGAAGUCUGAAGCACUAGCUGUAAAAAUAUCUCAAGAGAUAAACUAUGCAAAAAGUCUUUAUUAUGAGCAACAGCUGAUGCUAAGAAUAACUGAAGAUCAAGAAUAUUUGGAUUUGGAUUCUUAAGCAAAGCACCAAACAACCAGCUAGAAUUUUCCUGCCGCUUUUCUUACACGUAACAUAUAGCAAUUUACUGUCCUGAAACUGAUUUACCAGUGAAAUUAUAUAUAUAUAUAUAUAUAUAUAUAUAUAUAUAUAUAUAUAUAUAUAUAUAUAUAUAUAUAUAUAUAUAUAGAAUAGCAUCAGUAAAAUAGUGAAAGCAAAAUAAUAAAAAAUAUAAAAAGUUGAUCAUUAAAUAAACUACUGCCUUUCAAGUAUAUUUAAAAAUAGGGGGAUAAUUUAUGUUACGGAUAACUAAUAUUUCAAAUUAUAUAUACAUAUCAUUUAAAAAAUACUAAUUUUAAAGAAAUAUCUUUAUUUUGCUAUUUUGUAAAUAUGUACAUCUGUGGUUUGAUGUAAAUACAAACAAAUAUCUGGAAACUGUUUUGUGUUGUGUAAAUUUAUUUACUAUGAAAUCAUUGCGUAAAAAUGAUAAAGACUAAUUGUUUAAUUUGGUCUAUUUUAUAAAAUGAUUAUAUGGACUGACAGAAUACUGCACUGAAUAUAUUAGUUCAUGUUAAUUAUCUUUAAGAACAAAGGAGCCUAGCUUGGAUCAUGUAGAUCUCGGUUACCUAUGGAGCAUUGCAUAUUCUAUUCUUAUAUCAAAAUAAAUGUAUUUAGAAUUGCCGUUACAAAGAAUUGAAAUUUAGUCAAUUGUUUCCUCAUCCACAAUCAAGUCUAAUAAGUGCAGACGUUUUACCUUGAUUUGAGUGUUUUUAGUAGACAGUGCUCAUGUUUCUGAUUCCAACGUCUUGAUCAGUUCCGGUAAACUUUGACAAAUCUCAAUGCUUAGAUAGUUUAAAAUGAAAGACAAUUUGUGAUAUUUCCCUUUUCAGUCCUCUCAAUUAAUCUUUAAAUCCUUUUAAAUGUAACAUGUGCCCAUGAAUCUCUACACAAAAUUGUAGAAAUAAAGAAUUUAUUUUUUUCUCAAA